AUGGAGUAUAUUCUAUUGCUUAGCAAAUUGUGGCUUUUCUGGGACACGGGACAGAUCAGACUCGGAAGCGCCUAUGAGUGUCGACAGUUCCUGAGCAGGAUCCUAACUACAAGAACGAUGCAUUGGCUGGCGCAUUUCCAUAUCAUCUGGCUAUGCAUAUGGUUACUGUGCCUAACCAGUUCUAACGCCAUUCCAUGCGACUCUUGUGGCAAGGAGUGCGCUAGUGCCUGCGGCACAAAGCAUUUUCGGACGUGCUGUUUUAAUUAUCUACGAAAACGCAGUGAUCCUGAUGCUCUGCGCCAAUCUUCCGAUCGCAGGCUUAUUGACUUUAUCCUGCUGCAAGGACGAGCUUUGUUCACUCAGGAACUAAGAGAAAAACACAACAAUGGCACCCUGAUUGACCUCGGCUUGCAGACAUACUACGGCUAACGACUCUC